AUGCAGCUCCCCGCAACGCCCUCCGCGUCCCGCAAGCGGUCGCGCGAGAACGAGACCCCCAGCCAGAGACACAAGCGAGAGAAGGCUGCAGAGCGGCAGCGCCGUAAACGCGAGAGGGACCGUCAGGCUGGGCUGAAUAACAUUCUUGCUCUUUCACAGGUCCAGCAGCCCACAGGGGCUGCGCCCCCGCCCGUCGAGGUUCCCGCGCCCGGGGGCAUGCCCACCUCCAUCUCAGAGUUUGCAAAGUCCGACGAUCCCACCGUUGAGGAGAUCGCAAGGCGAGACCGUGUCCGCUCCGCCGCACGGGAGCGGCAACGCAAACAUCGUGCCCUCGUCAAGGCUCGCAAGAUGCGCGAGCUCGGCAUGGACAUGGGCAACGAGAUUAUCCCUGGUAUGGAGGAGAUGCAGUAUCGGGUCAACGCUGAGGGUCAGUACCAGCCCGUCAUGCCUCACGAGAUGCAGCCCCAUCCCCCGCACCCGCAAGCCAUCCAGGAGCCGCCGUUCCCCCAUGGCGUCCCUCAGCUCUCAGGGGGACAGACAUUUGCCUCUACCCUUCUCCUUUCAUUCUCCUGUGCCCCCCUCCUCAAGCAACACCUGCUCCGCACGCUCAACAUGACAAACGACGAGCUUACCUCCCUCGAGCCCAUCAUCGCACAAGCCUGGGACCACUGGGAUCAGCAGCGACGCAUGCACUAUGCACAUCACGCAGCGAAUAAGGCACCCGACGGCUCUAAUCCAGGCGACCCGAACAAUGCCCCGCCACCGCCACCGCCUCCCUAUCCCAUGCCCUUCGUCCCGCACGACCCCUCGCAACCGCCCCCGAACGACUUCCGUGCCCGUUUCCACCGCUCGCUCGUCGCCCCCUCCCCCUUCCGCUCUGCUCUCGUCGGUGUUGAAAGCCAACAGCAGCCGGUACACCCCCCACCCGCGCCUCAACCCACCGCAGGGACGUCCGCCUCGGCGUCCGCAUCCGCUCCCGUUCAGGGGCCGCCACCGCCACCGCCAGGAGGAGACACCAUCAACCCCGCGAUGUCGACGAACGCGCCGCACCCCCAUCCUCAUCCUCAUUCGAGCGAACCACCGCGGCAGGGCCCGUUGACGAUCGUACCGGGGAUCGAUCCACAGCUUGGGCAGGCGCGGGACGAGGCGGCGGGAGUGGCGGGCAAGCUCGAGCGGUCAUGA